AUGCAAAAAUCUAAAUUCCUACUUCCAAGAGGCCUGGAAGUCCAUGGGCCUUCCCGGGUGCCCCACCUUCGUCGCCGCUUCCGGCACGCGUUUCGGAGGUCCUCCGCCGGUGGCGGCAUUGGUUUUUACUCUUCUCUGUCUCUGUCCUCCCAGAUAAAAUUCACCCACUCCAACGACGACCGGGUCAAGCUGUCCAAGUUUAUGUGCCACGACACAAGGACGGCAGACAAAUUUUACAUGGCCAACUUGACCCCCCAGCAGGCCAUGGAGCACCGGAGGCUCUUUGACACCGCCCUGGAGGGCGAAGAGAGGUGCUCCCCGUCGAAACAGCCGACCUCAAUCAAACGCAAGCGGCCCGCGAAGGGGAAGGAGCCCCUCAAGAAGAAGAGGAGAGCUCCAGAGUCCUCGGACGAGGAGAUGACUUCGGGCAGCACGACUCCAGAGGCGACCAAGAGCCCGGAGUACCAGGAGCCGGGGACGUCCCGCCCCGACUCCAGUGGGCACGAGGAGCAGCAGGAUGAGGAGGAGGAGGAGGCCGAGUCAGGCGCAGCGGCGGUGGGAUCCCAAGAGGAGGAGGAGAAGGCCGAGUCAGGCGCAGCGGCGGUGGGAUCCCAAGAAGAGGAGAAGGCCGAGUCAGGCGCAGCGGCGGUGGAAUCCCGAGAGGAGGAGGAGAAGGCCGAGUCAGGCGCAGCGGCGGUGGGAUCCCAAGAGGAGAAGGCCGAGUCAGGCGCAGCGGCGGUGGGAUCCCAAGAGGAGGAGGAGAAGGCCGAGUCAGGCGCAGAGGCAGUGGGAUCCCAAGAGGAGGAGGAGGAGGAGACGACCACCCCAAAAAAGUACCCGCGGCGGAGAGGGAAAGCUACGGUGCUCCUGACUCCCCUGAAAUGUUUGCCGUCGACCCAGAGGCACGUGUCCCCGCUGAAAGUAAAGAAGGCCAUCUUUUCCCCCACCUCCACGACCCUCGUCGGCCUGACACGCCAAAAGGAGGUCUCCAAGAAGGUCAAGGAGGCCAUAAAGAAGCGCAGGCAGCGCAAAUAG